GUACCAGUUACGCCAGUUUGAAAAACUAAAACACAAACCAUCACGUCUCCAUACACGAUUUUGCCAUUGCUAGAUUACCCACUGGGCAGUCUCUGGCUUGGCAGCAAGAUUAUGGCACGGUCGGUUUCCUCGUCAUUAUCUGCACGUCCAACCCGCACCUCCAAAGUACACUGGCAUAAGAUACGCGAGCAUCCCCAUCCUACACUUUGCCAACGCACACUCCUGUAUAAACAGUUAUUUCCUGCACACGUACCCAAGCAUUUCAACAGUUGAAACCCUCCCUUACUAUGUGAAUUAAUUAAAGUUUAAGCUGCCCCACUUUUUCUAAUACCCGUUGUUUGUCACGGUGGAGAUACUCGGCAUCUGUUUGCUUGGUCCUGAGCCAUUUUCUGCGGCGCUUUUCCAUCGUGGGCAUCGUAAUCGAUGUAGCUUCAAUCAAGUUCGCAGCGUUGCAGUGUUAUGCGUCGUGAUAGCCCAUUCGCCGUCAUGGAAACCAGUCAAGGAACCAAGAACCAGCCUGCUAAGGUUGAUGUGGUGAUUGUAGGGGCCGGUCCUGCGGGGGCAUCGCUGGCCUGCUUCCUGAGCUCUCAUGGCAUCCGAGGAAUCAUCGUGGAUGUCAACUCGACCAGCGCCGAUACUCCACGAGCACACAUCACCAACAUGGCUGCAAUGGAAUGCCUCCGAGAUCUAGGUCUGGACGCCGUUGUGACAAAGUUGGCGACCAAGGGCGAGUGCAUGAUGCAUACCCGCUGGUGUCAUAGUAUGGCAGGGAGGGAAUACGCCCGCAUCUACUCCUGGGCCAAUGAUCCGAGAAGAAUGGGCGAGUACAAAUCCGCUAGCCCCUGCACGCCGUGCGACCUGCCGCAGACGCUGCUCGAACCGGAACUCGUCCGCUACGCUACGUUGCAUGGUUUCCGCAUACGUUGGGACACCGCGUUCCUGGCGCUGGAGCAGGGGGCCGAGGGUGUGACCGUGCGGGUGUUGGACAAGAUCACACAGAUGCAGUACUCUAUUGAGGCACAGUACGUCUUUGGAGCUGAUGGCGCGCGUUCGAAAAUUGUCUCGCAGUUGGGCAUCCCGCUCACGAAGCAGCCUGGAGGAGGGCCCGCGCUAAAUAUAUUGGUCAAGGCGGAUUUGUCACACUUAAUGGCUCAUCGGGCUGGGAAUUUGCAUUGGGUAAUGCAGCCGGAUCGAGAGCACCCUGAUUUUGGAUGGGCGUGUAUUGUGCGGAUGGUGAAGCCGUGGUUUGAGUGGAUGUUCAUCUUCUUCCCAUAUCCUGGAGCCACAUUCGAAAGGCGGCCAUCCAAGGACGAGUAUAUGUCACAGAUUCGCCUAGUGAUUGGAGACGACACGCCGGCUGAGAUCCUGCGGGUCAAUACCUGGAAUGUAAAUGAGAUUAGUGCAAAUAAGUACUCAGUGGGACGCGUAUUUUGUCUCGGGGAUGCGGUCCAUCGCCAUCCACCUUUCAACGGGCUUGGUUCCAACACUUGCAUCCAGGAUGCAUUCAACCUAGCUUGGAAAGUGGCCUAUGUCAUGAAGAAUAAGGCGGGACCCCAGCUUCUUGACACCUUUUCGGAAGAGAGACAGCCAGUGGGCAAAGGGGUAGUGCAACGUGCCAACGACGCCUUCCGAGACCACGCUGCAAUCUUUGAUGCCUUGGGUACCAUUCUACCAUCAGUCACAGACCGGAGAGCCGUGCUCAAAGAACUCGAGGCCGAUACGGACGCAGGCCGGAAAAGGCGCGAGCAGCUGCGAGUCGCCAUUUCCACGACAGAGCAUGAAUUUCACGGUCUGGGAAUCGAGAUGAAUCAAUCCUAUAACUCAACCGCGGUCAUAUCCGAUGGCGGCCCCGACCCCGAUGCCACCAACCCUGAUCCGGUUCUUUAUCACAACCCUAGUACAAAGCCGGGAAGACGUCUGCCGCACGUGUGGCUCAACACGGCGAUCCCUUCGGGACUCAUAUCGACCAUCGACUUGGCUGGGAAAGGAGCAUUCACCCUGUUCACCGGAGUUGGCGGCAUGCCGUGGAAGGAAGCGGCAGCCAAGGUCGCCGAAGCCAUUGGUGUACCCAUCCGCGUCAUUUCGAUUGGCUACAACCAAGACUACGAAGAUGCCUACUUUGACUGGACACGUCUCCGGGGCGUAGAAGAAUCGGGGUGUGUGCUCGUGCGGCCGGAUAGGUUCGUCGCCUGGCGUUGCGGCAACUUGCUGGGCGCAGAAGACUCGGUGAACCGCAUGCUAUUGAAUGUCAUGAGGCAGAUUCUGUCUUUAGAAGGUCACUAAGAGGAUGUGUAGAGGUGUUGGAUCUGAUAGAAGACCCCGAUGCGCAUGACAGGCUGUUUGAUGACUUUAGUUGUUACUUUGAUGUUCUGGACACAAAUGCUAACGUACCCCACAAGCAAG